AUGGAUUCAAUAGUCAUUGAGGGGUGGACGGCUUCUGAGAUAGAGGAGGCUAGGUCAUUGAUCACUAGCCCCAACAGUGGUGGCAGCAACUCUAGUGGUGGAAACGGGGACAAGAAACAUGGAAGCAUUGUGAGUGAACUCCAUGAAUGGUUUCCUUGGAAGACCAUGACCGAGGUAAUAGAUUUUUAUCUGAAGCUCACGGUAGAGACACCCGCGAUCAUCCAUAGCCUGAACAAUAGUGUUGUUGACAAUAGUAUGAGCAAUAUUGACCUAGCCCUCGCAAACGAAAACCUUAGGAGGCUAGAGAAAGAAGAAACCAUGUUGAACAAUGAGGGUUUACUGUUUGAUUAUCCAUUGGAGGAGAUGGAGAUGGGUAAUCAAAUAGAUCAAAAUAUUGAAAUGGUUGUAGAGAAAGAGGUGGAGGUGCAGGCGGAAGCGGCAUCAGUGAUUAAGGAGAAAGUGGUGGAGGUGUCAAAGAUUCUGACUAGUCGUCAACGGGUGGUGCCGUCAAUGAAAAGAAGGGUUGUCUGGACAGAGGAGGAACACAGGCUGUUCUUGCAAGGGCUGCGCGUGUUUGGCCGCGGCGACUGGAAGAGCAUCUCCAAGCACCUGGUCACCACCAGGACGGCGGUGCAGGUCUCCAGCCACGCGCAGAAGUACUUCCUCAAGAUGGAGGCGAAGGGCGCCGCCGUCGCCGGCGAUGGCGCCGCCGCCGGUGCCGAGCUCUGCUGCAGCGGCAGCGGCUUUCCUUCCGCCAUGGAUGAAUGGCAAUGGCAUGCACUAGAUGGAUGCUACUGGUGCUCAAGAUUUGGCUCAGAAGUGGAGACUUGGUGA